AUGGCGUCAGGUGAGUCUCCUCCAGGUGAGAAGGUGGAGAAGGUGAAGAAGAGGAGGAGGAAAGAGGAGAGGAGGAAGGAGGUUCAGGAGGAGGACAUCGAGAAGCUGACAUCAGCAGGUCACAGAGCUCUGCAGGAGGGGCGGAGCAAAGACGCUGUUAGCUGCUUCAACACCGCCCUACAGGCUGCACAGCAGCUCCAGGACAGACGGGUCCUUAGAGCUUGUUCGUUUAACCUCGGGGCUGCCUACGUGGAGUCAGGAAGACCGCAGGAAGGUCUGGACUUCCUACAGCAAGCCCAACCCCGCCCAAAAGCAAACCGACUUCCAGACCUCCAGUUUAACCUGGGCCUGGCCCACAAUGCACUGGGGCAGGACAAAGAGGCCUCCGCCUACUUUCUGCAGGCCGCCCAGCUGUACAGGUCUCAGGGGAACGGAGGCAGUGAAGGGGACGCCUGUAUGGAACUGGGCCAUUGCUACAGCCGAAUGCAGGACCCGGUUCAGGCAGUCCAGAGUUUCCGGCGUGCUGCAGAGAGUUACCAUGUUGCGGCCAUGUUGGAUUUUGCAGCUGUUGCCCUCAAAGAAGCAGGGAGUCACAUGGUCCAAUCAGAUCAGUUCAGCAAUGACGACAUCAUCGGCGUCUUGACAGAGUGUCUGAGUUUGACUGAGAGCAUCUCUGACCUGGGGAUUCUUGGUGAGUUGUACCUGUCAGUGGGAGUGUCUUACUGCCGUCUCAGGUGUUUCCCAGAGGCUGUUCUGACUUUCCGUCAGGCUCUCAGGCCCUCAGCUCAGCAGCCCCCUCUGCUGGCCAAAGUGAUGCACAACCUUGGAGCGGCUCUAAACGCUGAGGGCCAGUACACAGCAGCCGUGACGUACCACCGCCUCGCUGCUGGGCUGUACGGCUCUCUGGGUUGCCGUGGUGACCAGGCACGGUGUUUCAGUAACUUGGCGUUGGCGUGCAGUCAGCUGGGCGAUGAAGAGGAGGCAGCAGAGAGCUUCAUGCAUGCUCUGCAAGGGUUUAAAGACACCGACGACCACCUGGCCCAGGUUCAGGUGUGUGAGGCGUUAGCAGAGUGUUACCUGAGGCAGAGGAAGAAGAGGAAGGCUGUUCAGCUCUACAAGGAGGCUCUGAGCGCACUCACUCACUACCAGGUAACAACACAGAAUCACAUUCGAGAUCGUCUGGUAGAACACCUGACCGCCGCUCUGCAGCAGGAUCUAUACACCCAGAGGCCACGCCCACUCAGACCACACCCUCACAACCCACCUUUGGGACAUCAUGCCAGGAAGAGUGAUGUCACACAGAGUCCAGGCCGAGUGUCCAAUCAGGAACCAGAUCAUGAAGGGAGGGAAGGGCCAGAGCAGGUCACCAUGAGGGGAGGAGCCAAUGUAGCAUCUGGCCUCACCAGCCCAGUACCUCACAGUUCAGAGGGGAACGACCAGUGGCAGAACUGUCUCAGCAGAACUCAGGAGAACGGCUCAGGUGAGCUGUGGUCAGACAGGGAGAACCCGCCCACUGAAAGUGAAGCCUCAUUGGUCCAGGAGCCACAGGCUCCCAGCCCAGGUGUGAUCAAAAAGGCCACGCCUCCUGUAGGCAGGUGGGGAUCUGUGUUCUGUUCAGUGAUGUAGAACCAUUGAUCGUGAUUCCUGAUGAUCAUU